GUGCAUGCUGGGACAGCGGGUCCUCCAAGCGCGCCUCCAUCUUUAAACCCCAGAGAAAAACAGCUUCCGCUCAGCCCUACACACACAUCCUGCGCUCACAUCCACAUUUAUGACACAAUAACCUUAGAUCUGCGCGUUGAAUCGACAUAAAGGAGCAGCAGAGACCCGAGGAGCUCAUGGGAGCCGCGUUCGCUGCAUUAAGUGCUUUAUUUGUGCGUUGACAUCCAUAAAAACACAGGCGGAAAAGAUCGCAAGUGCGCACCUCUUCUUCUUCUUUUGUCCAUCUCUCUCUCCGUUUUCUCUUCUCUCCCUCCGGAGAUGAGUAGUGGAAGAUGUCGGUUUCGGGACUGAAGGCCGAGCUGAAGUUUCUGGAGUCCAUUUUUGAUCCGAACCACGAGCGCUUCAGGAUCCUCGACUGGAAACCUGACGAGCUGAGCUGCCAGUUUAACGUUACCGGAGACCAGCUGCUCAUCAUUCACUGCAACAUCACGGAAUCCUACCCGACGACGCCGCCGAUAUGGUUUGUGGACUCCGAUGACCCGAGCCUGACUCAAGUGCUGGAGCGUCUGGAGGAGGUCAGGAGGGGCAGCACGCUGCUCUUGCAGCAGCUGAAGAGGCUGAUCUGUGAUCUGUGCCGCCUCUAUAAUCUUCCCCAGCACCCGGAUGUGGAGAUGCUGGACCAGCCUCUUCCUGCAGGACCUGUCAACCAGGACAGAAAGCUUGGGACGACAGAUGAGGUCACAUCAGAGGAGGAAGAGGAAGAAGAGAUGGGAGAGCAGGACAUUGAUCUGGAACACUACGAGAUGAAAGAGGAGCCGGUGGAUGGGAAGAAGUCUGAGGAUGAUGGCAUCGAGAAGGAGAACCUGGCCAUCCUGGAGAAGAUCCGCAAGAACCAGCGGCAGGACCACUUGAAUGUAAGUGCUCACUCGGGCGCCGUGUCUGGAUCUGUUCAAGCGUCAGAUCGCCUCAUGAAGGAGCUCAGGGAGAUCUACCGAUCUCAGAGUUAUAAAAACGGCAUCUACUCCGUGGAGCUGGUCAACGACAGCCUGUACGAGUGGCACGUCAAACUGAGAACCGUGGAUCCGGACAGUCCUUUACACAGUGACCUUCAAGUGCUGAAAGAAAAGGAAGGGAUGGACUACAUCCUCCUCAACUUCUCAUACAAAGAUAAUUUUCCCUUUGACCCUCCGUUUGCACGUGUGGUUUCUCCUGUCCUGUCUGGAGGGUAUGUUCUUGGCGGAGGAGCUCUGUGUAUGGAGCUACUCACUAAACAGGGCUGGAGCAGUGCCUAUUCCAUAGAGUCUGUCAUCAUGCAGAUAAACGCCACUUUAGUCAAAGGAAAAGCAAGAGUGCAGUUCGGAGCCAAUAAGAAUCAGUACAAUCUUGCCAGAGCGCAGCAGUCGUAUAAAUCACUGGUGCAGAUCCAUGAAAAGAAUGGCUGGUACACACCGCCCAAAGAGGACGGCUAGAGCCCAACAUCCAAACAUGGACAGAGUAUCUUCAGAUGGACAUCUUUCUGUCACUGCUUUUCUCCUCUCAUCCCUCGUUUUAACCGGAGCCGCUCCUUCUGACACUUUUCUUUCCCUGCGAGUUAAAAAGGCUCAAAGUUUGACCCUCUGAAGUUCCUUCAUCUCAGACGAUGCCAUGAUUCCAGCAGAGCGAUGCCAAGAUCUGCGAAAGAGCCCACGCACAGCCUGAUUUUCUGCAACGUUCCUCCAUUUGUUUUGGUUGCGUACUGAAAAAAAAAAACAAAGUUUUUCCCAUGGCCAGACUUCACUGUUGUAAAUGAACUCCACGAUCAAGUACAGAUGCGUUUGGAUGAAUGAAAGAGCAGCAGGAGCUUCCUUCUGUCUUCUGGUUCUUCACGCCUGCGGGUUUGAUGUGCUCAUGCCAUUGCAAAGCAUUUCUAUCAGUCUUGUAAACAGCUUCUUCCUCUCAGUGUGGCCAACAGAACUGUCUGGAUUUGUAGAAUUGUAUUUACCGUGUUCAUUGAAGCCCCUGCAGUCUCUGGGUGAAGCUGAGUGAGCAAUAAUGCCUUAAAAAGGAGGUAAAAGGAAGCGAAUGAGCUGAAGUUAGUGUUCCUCGCAGUUGUCUCCAGUAUUUCUGUUCAAACUGACAUCUUUAGAGGUGGAUCUGAUGGCUGUGAACACAAGAAAACAGCCCUUCUUUUGUGUUAAUAUCCUUCAGAAGCAGUUUGAUCGCUCGACUCUGUUCUUGUUCCGCUUCUUUUUCUCCAUUGUAUCAGUUUUACUCUAAAAAGCACUGGGAUUGAUCAGCUGUUUUCUUCCGAAUCAUACGGGCCGAUGUGAACCGCUUCACUGUUUAAUUUAGCUGAAUUACAGAAAUAAAUGACACCACUCUGACAUCAAGCCAUAGUUUGAAUCCAUAGAUGUUCUUCCGGCUCUGAGUGUCUGGAAUGAGAAGUGAAUGGUAACUGAUUCCAGAUCUGUUUCUCUUCGUUCGUUCGUUCGUUCGUUCGUUCGUUCGUUCGUUCAGACGGUGGAGUGUUUGAUGGAGAGGGUGGGAGGCUUCAAUGUGUUACGCACUGUCAGCAUGCUUCAGUUUUAUUGCAUUUUUUUCCCCAUUGUAAGUGUAAUUUUGACCAUGUACAGUACAAUUUGUAAACUUGCAUCAAGUUUAUGAAUAAAGAAUUUUAAGAAAUA